ACCACGCUUCCCUCGCCUCGUCCGAUUUCGAAAAGAGUUUCGUCCCCAAUCUCCUUUCACCCGGAUUUCACCGGGCCAGCGAGAGCCCCCCCGCCGAGGCUCCGGGAGAGACCGCCGCCGAGAUGCCGGGGAGGUGGCGGGUCUGGGGCCAGACCGACGGCCGCCUCGUCUGGGUCCCCGCCCCCGAGCCCGACGCGCCGCCGUCGCCUGCCGCGGCUUCGCCUCUUCCUCCUCCCCUACCGCCGGGGUGCGGUGCGGGGAUAGCCGCCGCUUCAUCCGAGGACGCGCUGGCGAAAGGCCGGGGCGCUGCUGACGGAUGCCGCGUCGAGUCCAUGGCCGACCUCCUCGUUCAAGCGCGGAACACACUGCUCGAAGGUGACGGGAUGUCCGGAGCAACUGUUGAUGCAGGACAGGGUCAGCUGUUCUGCACUGGAUCGGGGAGGUCAGUGUCUGUCAGCGAGAGGGCUAUAAGGAGGGCCAGGGCGUUGGUCGGGGAGGAGGUGGAGAAGGCUGGUAACAAGAGAAAGCAACCGUUUGACGACGUACCUGGUGCAGAGGGUGAAUUGAGAGAAAUGGACGCCCCAUUCAGAGGUGGAGUGCAUAACACUGCCGUGCCCCCAGUGUUCCAAACUGGACCCGGAAAAGCUGUUUUGCUGGGCAAGGACUCGAUCCAGAAGGCAAGAGCUAUUUUAGGAGAGCAACCGUUUGACCAUGUACCUGAUGCAGAGCGCGAAUCGAGUGAAAUGGACGCCCCAUUUAGAGGUGGAGUGUAUAACACUACCAUGCCCCCAGUGUUCCAAACUGGAUCAGGAAAAGCGGUCUUACUGGGCAAGGACUCAAUCCAGAAGGCAAGAGUUCUUUUAGAAGAUGUUGAUAGUGCUGCUGGUGCCGUACAACCAAUGUUCCGUACUGGAAUGGGUAGGCCGGUUCCUGUGAGCCGGACCUCUAUUGAUAAGGCAAGAGCUGUUUUGGAGGGACAAACAGUUGCAGAAAAAGGUGUGAACGGCAUGGAACAGUUUCCAUUGUUCCAAACUGGUUCAGGAAGAGUUGUCUCAGUCAGUGCGGCAUCUGUUCAGAAAGCUAAGUCUGUUUUGAAGGAUAAUAAUACAAGCGAGGAAAAUACAGAGAGUUUUGGUAGGCCUAACCAGCCUAUGAUGUUCCAAACUGGUUCAGGAAGACCAGCCAUGAUCAGCGAAAGAUCCAUUGAGAGAUCUAGAGCUGUGGCGAAUGAGGGAGAUGCGGAAAAGAGCGGACAUUGGGAUACUGAUUGCCAGUUCCCAAUGUUCCAAACAGGAUUAGGGAAGCCUGUUGCUGUGAGCUGGAGCUCAGUUCAGAAGGCAAAGGCAGUAUUGGAGGAAGAAAAAAUUAAAACAACUGGACGUGGAGAAAGCAGUGAUUGUGCCACAACUCUUCAGACUGAAACACCAACGUCUGUUUUGAUGAGUAGCAGUUUGAUCAUGAAUAGUAGAAGUGUUACACCGAAGGAAGAUAGUGCAAUGCAAGUCACUCGAACAGAGAAAAAUCACAAGGAUGAUGACCACGUGCCAUUGUUUCAAACUGGACUAGGGAGGUCAAUUGCUAUAAGUAAGAGCUCACUUAAGAGGGCAUCUGCAGUUCUGGAGCCAAGGAAUAUUGCAAAGGAAUUGGAAGAUGAAGCUCAUUUAGAUGGUGCCCAUGACACUCCAGUGUUCAGAACUGGAUUAGGAAGGUCUAUCAUAGCAAGUGAGAACUCUAGAAAGGAAUUGCCUAUCUUAGAGGCUGAAGAAGCAGUAAAAAGUGUAAACAAUUACAACGGGGAAACCUUUGUUGAAGAGGCAACGUUCCAAGCUGGAAUACAAAAGUUUGUACCCCAAAAUAGAAUUUCAAGCCACAAGGCCAGUAUGCUUUUGGAGCAACGAAACUUCAUGGAGAAAGGAUACAAAGACUCUGGAAGUCAACUGCCAAUGUUUCGAACCGGAUCUGGAAAGUCGGUCUUGAUUAGUGAAAACUCAGUACAGAAAGCAAGGGCUGUUCUGGAGGAACAAGGCAUAAACAAAGGCAUAAUAGCUGACCAAACUUAUCUGAGACUUUCACUGUUUAUUUCAAUAGAAGUUGAUAAUCAUAAGCUCCUUAACAUGGACAAAAAAAUUCCUGUGUUUGCGUCACCUCUCAAGACAAGCUGUGCAAGAACAGUAAAUAUAUCUUCAGUUGGCGUGUCUCGAGCUGCUACUUUGUUGGGCUUGGAGGAGAAUACCCUUUCGACACAAUUUUUUGGACAUGUGGGGGAUAAGCUGGGCACAAAAAUAAAUUUUGAGCAGGAAAAUCCAGAACAGAGGCUUGGUCUUGCAUCUUAUCCAACAGAAAACCAAGUGCACAAGGAACAACACCGGCCAUUUGAGCUUUCUAAUAACACAGUUUCUGAUUCUGGUGAGCAUUCUAUCAGAUUCAGUACCGCCGGAGGCAGAUCAAUGGCUAUUUCUAGUGAUGCACUUGAACGCGCAAAAAGCCUUCUGGGUGAAUCAGAUCUCAUGGUUUCAACAAAUAAUUUAAGCUACCCUUUGGGAUCUGCUUGUAAUGAUAAGAUGCAAAAUUCAACUGUUGCGCCAAAAGAAGGCGGAUCUGAUUUAUCAAAAAGAAGAAGGGUCAGUGGAAGAACCGAACUUGCAACAUUUUCCCACCAGGCAAUGUCUGAUAGGAAGGACACUGGAUCCUUUGGAAAUGCUGUAUCUGAUAUCCAUCCGACUAGUGAAAACACCAAUAGGUUUCAUGUUGGGAGUCGUUCAACCAGUGAAAUUCCAAAGAUCGUGAAGCCUUCUUCCAGGUGUUUAUCUGAAACUGACAACACAAAUGACACUAAAGAUAAGACCCGACAACUCCAUAUGCCAGCUGGAGCGUUGGUUGACAUCAGUAACUUCAUGGGUUCAUAUUCUGGAAAUAUUGACCAUGUUGUUAAUGAGAAGAGAAGAAUUGGGGGAAGAAACUCCGCAUCUUCCUUUAAACGGCCCCGCUCUUCCAGGUUCAUCACGCCUAUAAGCACCAACAGACAGUCCUCUGCUGGAGUACCCAAACUACCACCAACUCAGAUCACUUCCUGUCGAACAAAGCUGUCUGCAUAUUAUCCUUUUCAACAUAAAAGGAAAACUUGGAAAGAGUAUUUCGGUGGUCCUCCCUGCUUCAAUUGUUUGGCGGAACAUAUAAUAGAUGAAGUGAAGCUCAUGGAUGCAAAAGGAGCUGAGAGGUACAAGUUUCACAAUAUGAAUACUGGUGCAGAAGAAUUUCAUAAGUUGCUGAUUGCCUGUGGGGCUUCAUUGACAUAUGCAACUAAAGAAUGGGUGAACAAUCACUAUAAAUGGAUCGUAUGGAAACUUGCUUCACUUGAGAGAUGCUAUCCAACUAAAGCUGCUGGCAAAUUCUUGACAGUUGCUAAUGUUUUAGACGAGCUGAAGUACAGGUAUGACAGAGAAGUGAACAAUGGCCAUCGAUCAGCCAUAAAGAAAAUUUUAGAAGGAAAUGCUUUGCCAUCUUUGAUGAUGGUGCUGUGCAUUUCAGCUAUUUAUUCCCAUCCUGAUGUACAUAAGUUAGAGGCUGUCGGGACAGAUGAAAAUGAAAACAGUAUCAAAAAUAAAAGCUUGUUAGCUGCUAAAAGAAACAUGCCUGCACACAUUGAAUUAACUGAUGGAUGGUAUGCACUAGAAGCGUCAUUAGACGUGGCACUUUCAGAACAACUACAGAAAAGAAAGCUUUUUAUAGGACAAAAGCUUCGGAUAUGGGGAGCUUCUUUGUGUGGUUGGACUGGGCCUGUGUCAUUUCAUGAGGCAUCUGGCACCGUCAAAUUGAUGGUCCAUGUGAAUGGCAGUUAUCGUGCAAGAUGGGAUGAUCCUUUGGGAUUCUGCAAGCAUGUUGGACCCCCACUGGCGUUCAAGUGCAUAAAAGCUUCUGGUGGCCGAGUCCCUAGGACACUGGUAGGAGUUGCAAGAAUAUAUCCUGUUUUGUACAAGGAGAGGUUGCCUGAUGGUAGUUCUAUUGUGAGAUCUGAAAGGAUGGAAAGAAAGGCGCUACAACUGUAUCACCAGAGAGUAUCUAAGAUCGCAGAAGACAUUAUGUCUGAACAAGAUGAAAACUGUGCCAGCACUGAUGACAGUGAGGAAGGGGCGAAAAUUUGCAAAAUGUUAGAGCAGGCGGCUGAGCCUGAAGUUAUGAUGGCUGGCUUGACCUCAGAGCAGAUGAUAUCUUUCUCAUCUUAUCAAGCAAAGCAAAAGGAAGCUAGGCAAAACGAAGUAGCUAAGAAGGUCGAAAAUGCUCUGGAAGUUGCUGGCCUUAGUUCAAGAGAUGUUACGCCAUUUUUGAAAGUGAGGGUGACGGGCCUUGCUCACAAAAUCUCUGCUACAAAAACCAUCAACAAGGAAGGGCUAAUAACAAUUUGGAACCCUACUGAGAAGCAGAAAGCCGACCUGGUGGAGGGACAAGUCUACAUCGCCACAGGAUUGCUGCCUUCUGCCCACUGUACGAACAUUCUUUACUUGCAUGCUAGAGGAUCAUCUACAAUGUGGAAGCCAUUAGCAUCGGCACAGGCUGCAGAUUUUCAACCAUUUUUUACCCCACGUAAGGCGGUUGAGCUGUCAUUGAUUGGUGAGGUACCACUUGCAAGUCUUUCUUGCAGUGAAUUUGACAUUGCAGGUGUUGUUUUGCAUGUCGGCGAUGUUUACUUAUGCAGCAACCAGAAAAGGCAGUGGCUCUUUUUGACAGAUGGAUCUAAAUUUAUCUCGGCAUCGCAGUCCACAGAUCAAGAUGAUUGUCUUCUAGCAGUUAGCUUUUCUUGCUCAUCUGCCAGCGAUGAUGGUGCCUUUUUCAGUUAUGCCCUUUCUGGAAAUACAGUAGGUUGGUUUCAGUAACUUGGUCAAGCGACAGAAGGACCAGACAAGGCGCAUAUGGGUAGCCGAGGCAACACAGAGCUCUACAUACACUCUUUCCCAUGAGAUAUCAAAAAAAUCGCAUCUUAAGGAAGCUGCAACAUGUGCUGAGAAAUGGGCUUCAAGUUCUUUUGAUAAAAUCCAGCAGCUAAAGGAAAGAGUUUUAUGCAUAAUUGGUGAUAGCGGUGGCUGACGUACUAUGGAAUAAUGAAGACUGCUGCUUUUGGAAGUAAUGUAAGAAAAUGUUCGAAGUUGUGCAGAGUUUACUGUCCACACUGGAUGCUCAUUGGUAGUGAAGUGAUAUCGGCGUAACAAAGAUACCUAUUUAUUAUGCCUAUGCACUUUACAGGGAGUAAUUAAAUACCUGUGUUGCAGAGAUUGCGAGGCGGAGCAGUACAGAUCAGUUAAACUUGUGGAACAAAUGCGAUUACGACUGACAAGCACUUGAAUACUCAAGAUGACAGCCACAGGGAUUGGAAUCAAUAUACAUCAACCGGGAGACAAACAUGACAGGAAAUUUAUGAUUCAGGCUUGGACUGAUGAUGCUCACGUCCCCCUCGUGUGUCGUGACUGAAUCUUUGGCUCUUCAGCUGGCAGUCAAGAUUGCUCGCACCCUUCAACUUCAGCAGGUCUCCGUCCUCAUGGACAGCCUCUCUAUCACGAAGAUGGCUGCUUCGAGGAACAUCAGCAGCAGCAGAUGCAGCAUAGCAUGGAGAUGUCGAACUCCAAUUAGCAGCUUCCUUCAAGACACUCAUCCGCAACAUCAUGCUGUUUAUCAUAUUGAACAUAUAAACCUUGAAAAACUGCUAGGCAGAACCAAGGCCUCCACGUCGCCCCUAAUUCGCGAACAGUAUUGCUGCCACCGUUUGUAAAUUUUGUGCCCCGCCGAGGGCAUUUUGGUCUUUUUACGUGCAGGAUAUAAAUUGCAACCGCUGCCGUCGAGAAA